GCGUCUGGGAUAGUAAUCAUGUAUCUGAUAUUGUUUAUAAAAUUCAAUAUUGCUAAUAACACUAUAAUGCAUAAUAAAUAUGCUUUUGAUGUGUCUUUCAUUCAUGAGUUUGCUUUAACAUUUGAAGUAGUGCAUUGUUUAUUAUUUGAAUGAGCUUGGUAAUGCUCUACAACUACAAAUACAUCACAGUCGUACUGAAACGUAGAAUAUUAAUUAUAUUGUAACCUACAGUAACAAUUUGUCUAGGCUUACAUUCUACUGGUCAUAGUGAUAUAUAUAAAAUAUGUUCUCUUUAGGAUUUAAUAUUAGAUUUUAAUAUCAAUAUAAAUAUCUUAUGUAGAUUGAAAACCCAAACCAAAAAAAAUUAGGCCUAUGAUUUUACAUUGUAACCACAGGGGCUUGUCUUCCGGAUUGUGGAAAGAUAACAGCAUAAAUAUCUAUAAAUAGAAAGAUCUUAUCAGAUUUAUGUUCAAAAGAAAAGUAGCUGAAUACGUGUUUUUCCGAUUGUAUAUAGAUAAAAUUCGCAAAGUACGAGGAAGGAUGUGAUACAUACUGGUUGUGAGCAUGACAUUGUAUUGUGUCAAUUAACGUUAAAGAAUCGUUACAGGAUGGACCACAUUCCCCGUGUAUCAGACGUCCUGUAUGUGGGGGUGUGUCGUAAGAUAGGGACACCGACAGAAGUGACCUUCAGAAGGGAUAUGCGGGACACGGAGGACAUGAUACGGAAACCUUCAGAGUUAUAUGAAGGAAGGAGAACGAUGCUGAGUGGUAGUUAUAGGGAGGGAUUCAGAUUUAAAUCAUCUGACAUGGAUUACAUGGUAUGGUACUCUGAUCAUAAGGUGAUAUGUGAGAUGUCUCAGUCAACGUUUUAUCAUCCACCCAGAGAUACACUGAUCUAUAUGGAGACCUCUGAUACUCCCCCGGGAUUCGCCAAAUUACAACUACUCACACCGUCAAAUUACCGAAUUGUCAUGUCCUCACUACUGGAGAGAAACCAUACUGAAUACAUUUCAAGUUCAUUACUCAGGAUGAGGUUCCAUCAGUCAAGGAAUGGAAGUAAUCCAGCAAAUGAAGGUGAAAACUUGCACGGUCCUUGUCACAACUACACUUAUCGAUCUAUAGAGACUGAUAUCGCGCUGUGUUUCCAUUCCCGUCAUUGGCCCUUACCAGCCCUUCCCUGGGUUGAUAGAUGUUUGACUCGCGCAUGGCCAUCGCGUAGUGUACUGCAAUCUAUUAUCGAUGAAGGAUGUCAUCUUGUUCCUAUUGCAAACAGACAGACAAAUGAAAACUCAGACUUGGAGUGGAGAAUUUCUUUUUCACAAGCAGAGCAAAAGCUAGUGUACUCUAUGAACCAUUGCCAGUUUCUCUGUUACGGAAUUAUGAAAAUAAUUCUGAAGGAAGUGAUUUCUGACGAAUUACUGUGUUCAUAUUUUAUGAAAACAAUAUUAUUUUGGAGAAUUCAAGAGCGUUCUUCAACUCCAUGGUUACCAUCAACAUUAAUUCAACAUGUGUGGUUUUGUUUCAAAUCCUUAAUGCAGUGUGUAUAUACCGGUUACCUUCCAAAUUUCUUUAUUCCGGAGAACAACAUGUUUGCAGGAAAAGUUGUCGGGGCGCAACAAAUAUCCCUGUAUCAAAAGUUAGAAAGAUUUUACAAAAUGGGCGUCGCCUUCUUGUUACAUAGUCCCACUCUCAGAGAGAUUCUGAUCCCGGCCGUCUCCAAUCCAUACUUUGUAAUGCAGACAGGAGAAAGCUACCUCAAGUCAGAAAUAUAUAUUGAUAUUGCUUCUUAUUGUGAAAACGCUAGUUCUAGAGGAAUGGUCUAUGCAUCAUCGGAUUUCCUUUCAAACAUGAUGCAUUUAAAUGUAAUAGAUCAGUUAUUCUCAACCUGUCAGAAUGUUAUAUACCAUGAUAGGUUGAUAAAUGUGCUUGUAUCAACUUCCAUGUCACUAAAAGCACAGUGUUUGUUUGUGUCUAAGAAAAAGAGAUACACCAUUGAGAGGUCAAUGAUUCACAUGUUAGGUCUAGUUUCAAAGUUAGGCUGUGUAUCUGAUGGUUUAUAUUUAGCGUUAUAUUUGUAUGAUACCGGUAGAUAUCAAACAGCGUUAACUGUCACAGAUACAGUGAAGCAGAGACUCUCACAGCCACAUAUCAUGUAUCACGAUAGAGUAGACAUACAAAGAUACAGUGAGGUGGUAGGUGGUCAGUCUUUGUUAACUAAAUAUAGGAAGGCUUGGGCAAGAAAUAUUGUGUUCUUUAAAGACUUUACCUUUACUAUUGAAGAAUUAAGGUUGGAACAAGAAGUCAGUAACAUGAACGGAAUGCCAAAUUUACAUUUACCUCCCUUUGUGACCGUGUACAUGUUAUCUGUCCUAUGUCACUACAGACUAGGUGACAGGUCACAAUAUAUACAGGCACUGACAGACCUACACACCCUACUGCUCUAUGAUGAUGGGAGUUACGUACCUUUGCUCAAUAGAGACUUGGCCUGGCAGAUACUGGGGAUCUGUCAACAUGUUGUGGGGGACUUACACGGGGCGUUACAGUCUUAUCAAGAGUCACUUAGACAGGAACCAAAGAACAAAAUACAGAUAGCCACGGGAACUAGAAUUGAUUUGGUGAAAUCACAAUUAAGGGUGCAUAGUACUAGUAUAAUUACGUAGAACAUUUAUAACGAGUGUAAAUCACAUCAAACACGUUUCAGCUCAGUAUCUUUUAAUUUACUUGCACGUACCGUAUAAGUGGAUUGUUUUUAGCGAGACACAAAUUUAACGCCCCCCCCCCCCCAUUAAAAUGGGUAUAUAUAUUUAUCAACAGCUAAUUUUAGUGACUUUAUAAUUCCAGGAAAGGUCACUAUUGCUUCCGAUAUGGAAUAAAUUGUUUGCGAAAUUCUAAUUUAACAGCCUCAUCACUCUCGCUAUUAAGGCCAAAACUAAAUCAUCGCUAAAAAUUCUGCUGAUGCGGUAUUUUAUAUAGAUUUAGUGUGUACAAGGUAGGGAUUUUAUUUUGAAUAGUGAAAUUUCAAAUUUUUAGUUUUGUAGUUUUAUUUGUAUCUCAUCGUACAUUUAAUGAUGUAGACCUCGGAUUCUGUUGCUGUAGAGAAAAUCGCGUGUGAUACCGGACAAUGUCGUUUCUUAUUACUUACAGAUCUAUAUAAAUUAUGUGUCCAGGGGUCCGUGUUUGUCCAACUAUCUAUUUUGUAUUGCUUAUAGGAGUACGUUGUAUGAGAUUGAUCACUGUUCGUUACCUUUCAUAUAUAUAUAUAUAUAUAUAUAUAUAUAUAUAUAUAUAUAUAUAUAUAUAAUCAUACCUUUAAUUUUCUUUCUAAAUAUGUACUUCUUGUUUCCCUCCCACUGCAAACAGCUUUGAAUGUAUUUCUAUGUAUAUAAAUAUGACGUAAUUUACACGAAUAAAGGAAUUUUCUUUCAA